AUGGACGAUGCAAGUAUCAGAUCGCAACUGGUCACCAACUACACCCUAUCUUCCAUCUACUUCUCGAUCCUCUUCUACGACUACAUCAUCACCUUCAGCUCCGAGGUCCAGCACUUCUGGCUGGCACCUCGAAAUAAAGCCGCCUGGCCCUCGAUACUCUUCUUCCUCACUCGGUACUUGACACUUUUCGGGCAUGUCCUCCUGGCUAUCGAGGUUUUCAUGUUUCCGGUGAAUGAUACGUGGGUGAUUUGUACUGGGGUUUCUGAUGGACCACCGGAGUUGCUGGGGAUUGACGUUCCGGGCUGUAAUCCUCUACAUCCAGCAGCACAGAGCCGUCGAUUGGCCCUGCCGUGGGCACUCCUCUUGGUAUUCGACUUUGCUAUAUUUGCGUUGACGGCUUUUAAAGCGUUUGAGAAUGGAUUGCAUUAUCCUAAGGCUUUGAUGCGGGUGCUUUUGCGAGAUGGCGCUUUGUACUUUAUAGUUCUUUUCUGUGCGAAUCUGUCGAAUGUAUUGAUGUAUCUGUAUGCUUCGCCGCUCCUCAAGGACACGAACACCGUUCUGAGUAACGUGCUCUCCACGACCCUCAUCUGCCGCCUCAUGAUCAACCUGCGAGAGGAAAAUGCGGAGCGAACGGACAGCUCGCAUUUGGGAGGACCGAAUCGCAUCGAGGCGGUAUCGUUGCCGGCCAUUGAGUUUCGCGCUUCGGAGAGUAAACACGAUGUGAAUUUGGAGGACUUGUUCUGA